AAGGUAUUUUUUUAUUUAUUUUUUUUUCAUGGGAGCAACAUCAUUCAAAUCCAUUAAAAAAGGCUGGGCCUUUUACCAAACGCCUGAUGAACAAAUUAUGAUCAUGCUUAUUCAAAAACAACUAGAAAAAGGUGCACCAUUUCCUGUUAAUUUCAAACACAUUUGGCAAUUCAUAACAUCUCAAGUAUUCUAUAAAGAAAUUAAUCUCAAUUAUUAUUGGAUCAGUCAAUGUGAGCCCACUUAAAACAUUCAUCAUAACAAAUAUAUGUCCCUCACUAAAGAAAAACAUGGGCUUUUUACCCCAAACAUACUCUCCCUUCUUGGACAGUUAGCCUAUAGAAAAACGUUUAAUUUAAUCACCUUGAACACAAAUAAAAAUGACAACUAUUUUGUUUCAGAAUAAAUGUGAUAAUAUCAGGGAUUCUAAUUAACUACAUACAUUUGCAACACUUUAAAAGUUAUUAAAUAAAUGGCAACAAAAUGACCUCAAAAUCAACCUUUAAACAUUGCACACGAUGACCUGGAUCAGGUACAUUUUGUAGUGCUUAGUGACAAACAGGUGUUUAGGAAAGGGCUGUGGUAGUGUAAACUACAUACUUAAUACAUACUCCGUUUGCCUGCUUCAAAGCUGGAAGGGCUUGCUCAUUUGUCUCGCUCUAAGCGUAGACCAACGUGGACAGGUGUGCAUCUCUAAAAAUUCUGAACUUUGUGAUUAAUAGGAGGAAACAGUAAGUCACGCCCACGUGGGCAGGUCCCGCGUAGCAAUUAGCCUAUAUUAACGCCAGCUGGUGCACACAGUUCUCCCAUGAGGACUUUUUAACUGAUAUGAAGUGAUAAGUCUGGGUUCUUUCAUACCGCUGGACGAGACUAAACACUUUUCUUCAUAAAGUAUUGCUCUUCAAAUCAAACUGCUCAGGUUAAAGUGACAGGGACACCUGACGAUGAAGUUGGAGGUUUUCUCUGCGAGUCGUCAAGUUGACAAGCCGCUGGACCUGUGCAAUGACUUGGAUGUGAACAUGGCAUCACCGCUGUCCACCGAGGAGGAAUUGGGCUCUGAUGGAGACUGCUCAGCCAACAGCCCAGAACCGAGUGCCCCCGUUUCUGACGGGAAGGCAAAGCCAUAUACGCGUCGACCCAAACCACCAUACUCAUACAUCGCGCUCAUUGCAAUGGCCAUACGCGAUUCCACCAGCGGCCGCCUCACACUUGCUGAAAUAAACGACUACUUAAUGAAAAAAUUCCCGUUUUUCCGGGGCAGCUACACUGGGUGGAGAAACUCCGUACGGCACAACCUGUCAUUAAACGACUGUUUUUUAAAAGUGCUGCGAGACCCCUCACGUCCAUGGGGAAAAGAUAACUAUUGGAUGUUAAACCCACAAAGCGAGUACACGUUCGCAGACGGCGUGUUCCGCCGCAGGAGGAAGCGCAUCAGUAAGAAGAUCCUGAACAGCUCGGAAUGUCAGGAGCGCGCACCUGCGGAUGACCGCCGGCUCCCAGCGCGCGACGAAAGCACUUGUUCUACAUUUUCCAGCUCGUUCGCAAUAGACAGCAUCCUCCGUAAACCGUUUAUGCGGAGGGAGAAAAGCACGGAGGGCACAUGUUUCGAUACCAGGAUAAUGUUGUCAGCAGCUCCGCACUUUCUGCCUUUUGUCAUGGGCUAUCCAUCGUCAACCGUGGCUUAUGCGCAGCACACCGGAUUUCGAGGCAGUUCUGAGGUGUCGCAUGCCUUUCCCGUUUACCGGUGUGAUGGGACGGACAUGCCGAAUUCCCUUCCGGGUUUGACGCGCUCUCACUCUGCUGUACAAGAGGCUGGAUAUCACCCCUUCAGAAUAGACUCUCUACUGUCGUGAAGUAGCCGAAAAAACGAACCAGUGAACCUACGGACUUACUCAAACACACCAAUUAUGUGCACUUUCUUCUUUUAAAUGGUGUGAAAAUGUUUGUGUGUGUGUGUGUGUGUUUAUCGUGAUUUACGCGCAUGCACAAGAAUGCAUGACUGCUGCAUGUUUGCUCUUUAGAUGUUUAGUGUAAAGUGUUAACUGAUUCCAUGUUCGUUUCUUGUAAACGAUGUCAUAAUCAUGCCAGCAAUUAUGGAGAGAAUAUGUGUUUAAAUAUAGUCUGUUUCUUUUUGAAACCGUGUACCCUGUUUUAUAUGCGUAUAGGCUUACGUUUGUUGCAAUGAGCAUGUUUGUGCUAAGUCAGGUUAACAACAUGCCAGUUAUCUUUAUAUGUACCUUUGUCAAUAAAGGAAAAUUUGUGAACAAAUGUAAUUGCCAUCCUUGUUCUGUAACCGUGCACUCCGCUAAUUGGUCAAUAGACACGUCACUAGCGUUUCAACCUGUUCCUUUUGCUUUUGCUUUGAGCUUAGUCAGUGUCACAUGCUGAAUGAAUGUAAAGGUGUAUGAUUAUGUUCUGAUUAUGUUCUUUAAGCAAAU